UGCAGCGUGGCUCUUAUCCAAGUCCAGGCGCUUGAGAGCAGCCCGCUCGCAGAGUGGAGGCGCAGUCGCAGGUUAUCCCUCGCCUCGCGCACGCUCAGCACCAUCCCUCUGCCACCUUUUCCUUAGAAACAGGUCAACAGGAAGAAAGCUGCAGGUGGUUGUUCAGGCGGAUCAUCGCUGGAGGCAAGAAGAGCUUUAUUGUUCAUUAAAAGAAGAGCGCAGGCUGCCUGAGCGUCAUGACAGCUGAGAAGAGUGGGCCCGUUAUAAACGGAAAACCAGAGGAUGGCAGAGACCCGGAAGGGUCCAGCUCCAGUCUGGACAACAGGGAGUACAAUGAGAGGGGCCAGUGGAACAACAAGAUCGAGUUUUUCCUUUCAGUUGCUGGAGAAAUCAUCGGGCUGGGAAAUGUCUGGAGGUUCCCGUACCUCUGCUACAAGAACGGAGGAGGUGCCUUCUUUGUCCCUUACGUCAUCUUCUUCGUGUGUUGCGGCAUCCCCGUGUUUUUCCUGGAGACGGCCCUGGGUCAGUUCACCACCGAGGGAGGCAUCACCUGUUGGAGGAAAGUCUGCCCGCUUUUUGAGGGCAUUGGCUAUGCAACGCAGGUGAUUGAAGCUCAUCUGAACGUGUACUAUAUAGUGAUAUUAGCCUGGGCCAUUUUUUACCUCUUCAACUGCUUCACCACUGAGCUGCCAUGGGCUGGCUGUGGCCAUUACUGGAACACAGAAAACUGCAUUGAUUAUUAUGGAGAAAAUGCCACCAACAUCACAAACCCCAACGCAACGUCUCCAGUCAUUGAGUUCUGGGAACGCAGAGUGCUGAAGAUAUCAGAUGGCAUCGAGCACAUGGGUGGGAUGCGUUGGGAGCUGGCGAUGUGCCUGGCUCUGGCUUGGUUCAUCUGCUACUUCUGCAUCUGGAAAGGACCCAAGUCUACUGGCAAGGUUGUGUAUGUGACAGCUACCUUUCCAUAUUUCAUGCUGUUAAUCCUGCUCAUCAGAGGAGUAACGUUGCCUGGAGCCUACGAUGGCAUCAAGUUCUACCUCUACCCAGACAUCUCCAGACUCUCUGACCCUCAGGUGUGGGUGGAUGCAGGAACUCAGAUCUUCUUCUCCUAUGCCAUUUGUUUGGGUUGCCUGACAGCUCUUGGAAGUUACAACUCCUAUAACAAUAACUGCUACAGGGACUGCAUCAUGCUGUGCUGCUUGAACAGCGGCACCAGCUUUGUGGCAGGUUUUGCCAUCUUCUCCGUUCUGGGCUUCAUGGCUUACGAACAGAAUGUUCCGAUCGAAGCUGUUGCAGAAUCAGGUCCAGGACUAGCAUUUAUUGCGUACCCCAAAGCUGUAACGAUGAUGCCCCUGUCUCCACUUUGGGCUUGUCUCUUCUUCAUGAUGCUGAUUUUCUUGGGUCUUGACAGUCAGUUUGUGUGCGUGGAGAGUUUGGUAACAGCUGUGGUGGACAUGUACCCGGAGACGUUCAGAAGAGGCUACCGCAGGGAGCUGCUGAUCCUCGGCAUGUCUAUCGUCUCUUUCCUCAUAGGACUCAUUAUGUGUAUGGAGGGAGGGAUGUACGUCUUUCAGCUGUUUGACGCGUACGCUGCGAGCGGGAUGUGCUUGCUAUUCGUGGCCAUAUUUGAGUCCAUAUGCAUCGGCUGGGUUUAUGGUAGUGACAGAUUCUACCUUAACAUCGAGGACAUGAUUGGCUACAAACCCGUCUUCUUCAUCAAAUGGUGCUGGAUGAUCCUGACCCCGGGCAUCUGUGCUGGAAUAUUUCUCUUCUUCUUGAUUAAGUACAAACCUCUGAAGUACAAUAACGUCUACACUUACCCCGACUGGGGUUAUGGCAUCGGCUGGUUCAUGGCUAUGUCUUCAAUGGUUUGCAUCCCACUGGGGAUUAUCUGGAUGAUCUGGAAGACUCCAGGAACCUUUUCUGAGAGAAUGAAGAAGCUGACCACUCCCAGCCCCGACUUGAAAAUGAGAGGGAAGCUCGGCGCUCUGAGUCCUUACGCCGCCAACGAUGCAAAAGCCGACGGAAAAAUAUCCACCAUUUCAGAGAAGGAGACGCAUUUUUAACAGACUGCCUGACUGAUCAGCCAGCCGCCUGUUGUUUGUGUGAGAAGUUCAACAAAGUGAACCCACCGCAGUGUUAUCAACCACUACACAGAACAUGAAUCAAGUGACUCGGAGUGCUUUUUUUCUUUUGUAAAAAAAAUGUAAAUGUGCCAGAAAAGGAAAGAAAAAAAGGGAAAACCCCCAUAAUAAUGUUUGCCUUUGUUUUGCACAAACUAUAAAUAACACUGUUUUGAUUAACGUUUGACUAGAGCAGCUUUUUCCCUCAUUUUUUUAUUUUCUUUAACCAUCAGAGUGGUGUGUUGGUAUGGCUAAAACGUCUCUUUGUACAUUGUCCGUAAUGGUUCUUCUUAGUGCCUUUAAAACACUGCAUUUGAUGGCAAAGUGCUCAGCCUCUAUAUUAACACGACUAUGUACGUAAGAAAAUACUGUUAUUCUUGAUAUUGCAGUGAUUACUGAAGUCCCCUCUGUGUUACGCUGUAAAAACUUUGAUUUCCAGAACCCUUUUUAACAAUUUAACCUUUUUCCAAACAAGCAAAAAAAAAAAAACAGCAUUUAUGUUGUUGGUGAAGAAAAUAAUUUGAUUUUGUACCAACCCAUAAACACAUCCAAUUCAAACAGACAGCACAAAAGAGAGGCUGAUGGAUUAAAAGCUCAAAUCUGUUAUAGUUUGGUGUUCUUGUGGCUACAAAUAGAAGUGUGUGACUCGCAGGCUGAGUCUAAAACCCACUUCUUUCUCCUCUAGCCCUCUCGUAUAAGUCAUGGAUAUCUGCCAUUCACAGUAAUUACGUUGAGCCUAACACAGACUGGCAGAGAGGUGUGCCUGCAACCCUGCAUUUUUAUGACCCGCCCUGCAUAUGGAGGCAAUUUUCAAACCUCAUCUGUCUUCUCAUCCUUAUUCCUUUCAUGCUUUUUCCAAUCUUUUUUCUUCACUGCCACUCUCUUUUAUCUUCAUAUUCCUUCUCCGUGUGUCUCUUCUAUCUAUUCGGCUUCGUUUCAAGGCACGCUUGGCACAACUCCAAAAUGAAACUCGUAUUUUGCAUUUCAUCACGUGUUAAUGUCUCGCCGACGGAUCUGCGUGACUGUGACCUUUUAUUCUGAGGCUGAGAAAGCCUCCCGUUUUUAAUUUUUGCUGUCUGAGCCACUGCAGGGGUGAAAGCACGGUCUCUGUCAGCAGUGUCACCGUGAGCUGGUCUCAUUGUUCGGAUCUCAAAUGACUGCACGCUCCCUUGCUUUGUCCAACUGUCUCAUUUCCUUUUCUUUUUCUUUUUUUCCUCCUGACAGGAAAGCAAUCAGGGGGGAGAAUAUCAGACAGAAUUAAAAUUAUCUUUGUUUUUGAGGGGGUCAGAAAACAGGUGAGGAACUGAAGAAUGAAGGGUUUGUGGAAGUGUAUGUCCAUUAGAAGAUAAGGGGAACUGAGAAAACACAACGUUACUGAAGCUCUUAUGGGGCAUCUAUAAUACACGUAAAGUCCCUCUGAGCUGGGUACAUUACCCCCUCUUGUGGAGGUUUGUUUGGGUUAUUAGUCGUAUGGAUCAGAAAUGCUAGAAAACUGUUUUAACACUGAUGUAUAUUUUAAAAUCUCUGUAAAAACCUGUGGCCUAUUUCCUGGGAUGAAAAACAGAAUUGCUGUAAUAAAAAGAAUACAUGCUUCGUUUUGACCUUCGAUACGCUCAAAAGAUCAGGCUGUAGACACACAACGAAAGGAUUUUAUUGUUCUGGACUGUUUUACACACAUUUUGGUAAUCACUGGACUCUGGAACUGUCAACUUUCUCAUUUUUAAAAAUAAAUAUGAAACAAGGUAAA